AUGUCGAAUGAAGCCGACAAUGAAGCUUCGAAUGAAAUCGAAGAGCCAAUUUUGAAGGUGAUGAGCUUCCUCCUCAUCCUGCCGUUGGUGCUCCGAUCAAUGGAGCGGUUGUUGCCAGACGGUCAGCUUCGGGCAGCUUACUUGGUCUCGUUGCAUUGUGGACGGUUUGGUGUGCAUGACACGGGCGACACAUGCCGUAGACCCAUUCACGAGGAGAGGAAAUUUGCUUGGGCAGCGGAUGGCACUGUUGGUGCAGAGGUGAUGGAAGAAGCGCCUGUUUUGGAUGCGUCGAAGCUGGAGAAGAGUGUGAGCUUUAUGCAUGAUUCCCUCGGCCUUCAUCGCAUCGAGAACCCCAGCAGUACUGAGGUGGCAGUCUCUUUGCACAUCUACAGUCCUCCUUUCCGGGAGUGCUUGGUCUUCCCGCCCACUGGCGGUACUCCAAAGACAGCUCCGAUGGUCAGCAUUUUCGAGCCAGAAUCAGCUCGAAAGGCUGCUGAAGAUGAUGCAUCUAUCAGCCUGCAAGAUUUUUGCAACAAGCUGGUGGAGCUGCGGAGUGAGGACGGUGUAAAGGCAAAUUUGCAUGCUGUGUUGGACUACUUGGUGUCUGCUGAGAUGACAGAUUUGGAGUGGGCUUCCUAUGCCAGCCCAGCUCAUUUCAGCGAGUUUUAUCCUGUUCAACACAUUAUACACUGUGAUGAUGACUUUUCAGUGGUGGUUACCUGUUGGAGUCCUGGGCAAAAAGUGCCACCCCACACAGUUGGCCGAGGCCGCAUGAUGUGGCUGAAGGUCAUGCAUGGCAACCUUCUCUUCCAGGAGUUUUCGCCUGGCCUAUUCCCCUGGGAAAGCGAUGUUGAGCGGCAGACUGAGUUGGCUGAAGGCUCAUCCAGCUUCUUGGAGGAGUGCGGUGUGAGAAUGCACGAUUUGAAGAAUAUCAGUGACACCGAGCCAGCCGUUUCAAUCCAAGUGUUUUCCCCACCUUUGACAUCGUUUACUUUCCAUUCAGAGAAAGGCACGGAGCGGCGGGAUUUGCCUCGCAUCGUGGCGCAGGGACCUGCUGGCAUGGAAAGCCUGUCAGCGCGUUCCAUGGGGCGAACAGCUGGACGAUGGUUUCUAUCGUUCCGUGGGUUGCAGAGCCUGCUGAAUGAGGAGUUUUCGAGACCUGAGUGGAAGCCAAACACAAUCGCAACGCUCCUCACCAAGGCAGUGUUGAACCCACAAGAAUGGAGAGAGAGACUUUCCAAUGCUGUGCCCCAACAGCAUCCAUGGGAAGCCGCCGCCACCACGUGGCCAAAGCAUGUGCUGGUGGCACAAGACAAGCACUACACAAUCAUCCUCUCCUAUUGGGGCAGCAGUCCAGAGCGAUCUGUCGCGAUUGAAGGAGGGACCGGAAUGAGUUGGACGCUGGUCCUGGAAGGUGAGCUUGAAGAACAAGCUGUCAACCUAGGAAAUGAGGGGCCAGCAGUGGUUCGAUCAAGUGUGCUGAAGGAGGAGAGCUGCUCUUUCCUCAGCAGCUUUGAAACAUCUGGGGCUGCGAGCGCGGACAUCGUGGAACGCAGCCACUCUUCAGAGACGCCAUGUGUUUCACUGCACGUCUACCAUCCACCGCUGCCUGAGGCCUGGCUGAAGGGAUGA